AUGUCGAUAAAACUAGAUAAAAAAGAGAGAACUUUUACUGGCUGCUGGUCAUGCCGUUUAAGAAAACGUAGAUGUGAUGUACGCAGACCUGUUUGUACGUUAUGUGCUAAACACGAUUUACCUUGUUCAUAUGAAGUUAGGUUGGUCUGGCUAGAGGAAAAUAUCUACAAGACUACAGAUGAUGAUAUCAUAGAUGUUUUACAUUUAGACAAGAAAAGAAAUAAAGUCACCAAAAAUAGGAAGCAUGGUUUAUCAAAGAACGAAUUUAAAGAUAUUAUUCAUUUGAACCGACCAAUAGAUAGCAAGCCAUCUCCUCGAGAUACAACUAAUAAUGAUCAAUCUUUUACAAUUAGUGUAAGAAGAUUCCAAAUUUAUGAUAAUGAAGUUGAAUCUGUUUUUGGUCCAGCACCAAUCAAAUGUUAUGACCAAAAAAUUAUUGAUAGAAAAUUGACAUGUUUAUUAAAUGCUUUAGAAAAUGAGGUUGAAUCAAAUAAUAAUAAUAAUAAUAAUAAUAAUAAUGAUAGUGAUAGUGAUAUUCCAUUAGAUAAGAAAUAUCGACAAGGCCCAUUCAACGCCUUUCAUGUGUCUUCAAGUUACCUAUCCUCAGAAAGAGGCGGAUCAUAUGAUACAAUUAGCCUUACUGGCACUUUAAGCAACGCUGAAUUUUCUAUGUUUUCUCCAGGAUCAGAUAUGUCACAUGGAACUAUUGCUGAGAAUAAUAUUGAAUACCUGUCUGAGCUUAACAAGUUCAAGUUUAAAACCAACCAAUUAGAAGAUUCGUAUACAGCGUUAUUAUCAUACAAUGAACCUAUAGGUUUAUUAUCACCACUAACGUAUUUGGAUAUAAAUAUACAACAAUCAAAUCAUAGUAAAGGUUUGAAAGAAACAAUAUUCGAUCUAUUACUGACUCUUCAUACAAGUAAUAUGGUUUUAAACUGUCAAACGUAUAUCCAUUGGUUUUUAAAACAUAUAAAGCAGGUCUGUGAUAAGAAAUAUAGAACAUACCAUUUAAUUGAUGAAAUCUUAGAAGGGCCGUAUCCAAUUGAUUUCGAAAAGUAUAUUAACAAAUUGAUUGGUCUUGGAUCUCGAGACAAAGAAUUGCAAAUUAUAGGAUUAACUCUUAUCAUCCUUAUAUUUUGCAGCUUGUACGAUAUCGAAAUCCAAAUUUUUGACCAAGUAGAGAAAUGGAUAUUGUCACAAAAAUGUGUCAGAUAUUCAAUGUACCCAUUGAUCAACUUCAUUGUAGAUAGGACUAAUUCGUGCGAAGUCUUCAAUCAUUGUCACUAUUUAGUUAACACAUUUCUAGAAUCUGAAGAUUGGUAUCAGGAGAGUUUAAGUUUUGAAUUAGAUAGGUUGAUCACAGAGAAAUUAGUUAGUAAAUGGAAAGAAAAGGUAUAUUUACAAAUGGCUUUAAAUGAAGAUGUUACUGAAUCCACUGCACAAUUAAAUUACUGGCAAUUGCAAUCUAAAUGUAAUGAACAAUUUUAUAAAGACAUUUAUGGAAUAACUGAAAUGUCUACAAUCAGUCCAAUUUGCUAA